CCGAAAGCGGGUAUUGCGGAUGGAGAACAGAUGAAGCUUCUCGCACUUCCGACAAGUCCUUUUCAUAGUGCUUGAAGAGUAGAAAAGGGUAAAGAAAAGACUCGGGCGGAGAUGUGCCGAGGAUGAAAUGAAAGGCUAACUCCGCAUUUGGGCCGUUCUGAGUGGAGGCACAGGAAGAUGCUAUGCAGCAGCGGCUGAAGUUCCCUUGUUCCGAUGGUGGUGAGAACUGCGAUCGGGAGCGGUACCGACUGCCUUUAACCCGCUGUCGCCCUCGCUCUUCUUCUCGACCUCCGGCUUGACACGCUUUCCGUGCCUCUUCCCUUCGAUCUGCCAUCGCAAGCUGCCCCGGGCACAAUCCUCAGACCCCGCAUCACAUAGCUACUGGACCAAGACGCGUACACAUCUAAGAUGAACCACCCAAGCAACGACACGCAGGCGGUCAAAUUGACUGGCGAAGAGGUGGCCAAGCACAACAAUGGCGACUCAUGCUGGGUCAUCGUUCACGGCCGAGCCUACGACGUGACCGAGUUCCUGCCCGAGCAUCCUGGUGGUCCCAAGAUCAUCCUCAAGUAUGCCGGAAAGGAUGCCACCGAAGAGUACGAGCCCAUCCACCCACCGGACACACUCGACAAGUUCCUGGACAAGAGCAAGCACUUGGGCGAGGUCGACAUGAACACUGUCCAGCAAGAAGCCAAGGAGGAAGACCCAGAUGAGGCCGAGAGACAAGAAAGAAUCAAGCGCAUGCCCAUCCUUGAGCAAUGCUACAACCUGAUGGACUUCGAGGCUGUGGCCAGAAGAGUCAUGAAGAAGACUGCUUGGGCCUACUACUCGAGUGGUGCCGAUGAUGAAAUUACAAUGAGAGAGAACCACAGCGCCUUCCACAGAAUCUGGUUCCGACCAAAGAUCCUCGUCGAUGUCGAGAAGGUUGACAUGUCGACCACAAUGCUGGGCACCAAAGUCAGCAUGCCCUUCUACGUAACAGCCACCGCUCUGGGCAAGCUUGGAAACCCUGAAGGUGAAGUCGUCCUUACUCGUGGAGCCAAGAAGCACAAUGUCAUCCAGAUGAUUCCCACCCUGGCCUCUUGCUCCUUCGAUGAGAUUAUGGACGCUGCCGAGGGCGAUCAAGUACAGUGGCUCCAACUCUACGUCAACAAGAACAGAGAAAUCACCAAGCGCAUCAUCGAGCACGCCGAGAAGCGCGGCUGCAAGGGUCUCUUCAUCACCGUCGACGCCCCUCAACUUGGCCGCCGCGAAAAGGAUAUGCGCUCCAAGUUCUCAGAUGUCGGCAGCAACGUCCAAGACACCAGCGGUGACAACGUUGACCGUAGUCAAGGUGCAGCUCGUGCAAUCUCGUCGUUCAUUGAUCCUUCGCUGUCCUGGAAGGAUAUCCCUUGGUUCAAAAGUGUCACCAAGAUGCCCAUCCUGCUCAAAGGUGUACAAAGAGUCGAAGAUGUCAUUAGAGCUGUUGCUGCCGGCGUUGAUGGCGUCGUACUAUCAAAUCAUGGCGGCAGGCAACUCGAAACUUCGAGAUCCGGCAUCGAGGUGCUCGCCGAGACCAUGCCCGAGUUGCGUCGCCUGGGUCUCGAAAACAAAAUCGAGAUCUACAUCGAUGGUGGUAUCCGCCGUGCCACAGACAUCCUUAAAGCUUUGUGUCUCGGUGCAAAGGGCGUGGGAAUCGGUCGUCCGUUCCUAUACGCGAUGUCGGCUUACGGUCUGCCUGGCGUUGAUCGCGCUAUGCAGCUUCUCAAGGAUGAGAUGGAGAUGAACAUGCGUCUGAUUGGCUGCACCAGCGUCGACCAGUUGACUCCUGAACUUUUGGAUAUCAGAAGUGUGCACACACAUACUGCAUCUGUGGCGCCAGACACGCUCAGUAUCGCUGCCUACGAUCCUUUGGCUGGACCCAAGGAGAGGCUGGCCAAGCUGUGAGAGGUUUAUCUUGUAGGUUCUAUCUGUUUGUAUAUUGUCAUGCAUCAUGAAACGUUUUCGCUUCUGCCGACCAAUAUCCAGAAUCUGCUUUUGAACACGAAGGUGUCAAAGGAAUAUCAAAGCGUGCCCAUUCCUUCUUCUAACCUUCCACUUCUCGCCUAUUGUAUCGCAUGAAGACACCUCUAGUCAUACCAGCUGUUCUGAGCGCCCUGUUCGAAUUUCGCAAAAAAAAAAAGAAUGACGAAAAGUUGCUUAGCUAUGCUAGCUUCGUACCUUGAACCUUCCAACGCUAUAUGAUUCUGUUAUUCGAAGAAGCCACGUCUCAUUGCACAGGUGUAUCUGUGAGCUUUUACAGAAGUUAUCUCAAGGAAUUUGGCCACACUCGCUCUCCCACUAGAUCAGAUGACUCAUCUC